AUAACUUCAAUAUAUUCACGAUUUGCCCAAUCUUGCUGAAUUUGUUUUUGGAUAGCUUCUCUAUGUACAGCGGCCAUUUUUUGACAAUACGUUUGUACCACAGAAUACACAAUACAUACCAGAAACUUAAGUCUGUCGUUCUUCGAUGUUUAACCAAUUCCUCAUGCGCAUGCGUCCGCAAAUCGGACCAAUAUGAUUAUAAGCAGUCCGUUGUCAUUUGGGAUUUGUGCAGUUUGCGGAAAAGACUGGGGCAUCCUGUAUAUAUUAAAUUAUACUUGUACAACAACGUGUUCUUGUUAACACAAAGCUAUCGGAAUUUUCACUUUCGACAAAUAUAUUUCCAUGCCAAGCUUGUUAUGACUCUGGGAAGAUGUUGUAUUUCGUCAAUAAUUCGAUAUACAUGCGAAUUAUCUAAACAGCUGUGCACUUACAAUCGUGGCGCGAAAUACUAUAUCUUUCAAGGUGCUUCCUUAUCAAUUGGUGCCCAUCGACUGAUCAGGGCAGAUGAAAUACCAUUGACUUGUCUACCAUUUUCAACAAAUAUGGCUUCAUCGAGCAAGUCGACAGACAAGCUAGAGUCAACUAAGAAUCGACUUGCUUUAGAAAAGUCUCCAUACCUAUUACAACAUGCGACCAAUCCUGUUGAUUGGUAUCCAUGGUGUGACGAAGCCUUGAAGAAAGCAAAGGAGGAGGAUAAAUUAAUUUUCUUGUCCGUUGGUUAUUCUACAUGUCAUUGGUGUCAUGUUAUGGAGAAAGAAUCAUUUGUAAAUAAGGAAACUGCUGAAAUUAUGAAUAAAAAUUUUGUUAAUAUCAAAGUAGACAGGGAAGAAAGGCCAGAUAUUGAUAGGAUAUACAUGACUUUUAUCCAGGCUGUGACUGGUCACGGUGGUUGGCCGAUGAGUGUCUUCCUUACUCCUGAUUUAAAGCCCAUAAUAGGAGGAACAUAUUUUCCUCCAGAGGACCGAUACGGACUAACUGGAUUUAAGACCAUUUUAUUGAAUAUUGCCUGGAAAUGGCAGCAGGAUAGGACUAAAAUGAUCGAGUCCAGUUCUGUUAAUCUUCAAACUUUACAAAAUAUUUCUGAGAUCGCACAAACGUCAAUGAUAUUAAGCCCACCACCUAUGGAGUGCAGCAUGAUCUGUGUCCAGCAACUCAUUAGCGAAUUUGAACCUGAAUUUGGUGGAUUUAGUUUAAAACCUAAAUUUCCACAGCCAGUGAAUUUUAAUUUUUUGUUCAGCAUGUACAUGCGUCAACCUACCGAUGAACUCGCUCAGAAAUGUCUAAAUAUGUGUGUAUACAGUUUAACAAAAAUGUCGUACGGCGGUAUUCAUGAUCAUGUAGGUCAGGGUUUCUCGAGGUAUUCUGUAGAUGGAGAAUGGCAUGUUCCACAUUUUGAAAAGAUGUUAUAUGAUCAAGGUCAAUUAAUGCAGUCUUAUGCAGACGCAUACCUGGCAACAAAGAAUGUACUUUUCGCUGAAGUUAUCGAUGAUAUUGCUACCUACGUGUUACGGGACCUCCGGCACAAGGAAGGAGGCUUUUACAGUGCUGAAGAUGCAGAUUCGUAUCCUACGCAUGAUGCGUCCGCCAAAAAGGAGGGUGCAUUUUAUGUGUGGACUGCUGAAGAAAUUAGGUCGGCUUUGAAUAAAGAGACUUCUAAUGAGAAAAACAGUUUGUAUGAUAUUUUUUGUCAUCAUUUCAAUGUAGAAGAAUCCGGAAAUGUAAAGAAAUAUCAAGAUCCCCAUGGAGAAUUGAAAGGGAAAAAUGUACUGAUAGCAUACAACGAUAUAGAAGAAACGGCUAAACACUUUAAUCUCACGGUUGGAGAGGUGAAGAAGUACUUAAAAAAAGCAUGCUUUAUUUUGUAUGAAGUUAGGUCUGCAAGACCACGGCCUCACUUAGAUGAUAAAAUAAUUACAGCAUGGAAUGGUCUCAUGAUAAGUGGUCUAGCCCGCGGAGGAACUGCAGUGGGCAAUAAACAGUAUAUUGAAUGUGCAGUAGAAGCUGCUAAAUUUGUUGAGCGUUAUCUCUUUGACAAGUCUAAAGAUGUCUUGCUCCGCAGUUGUUAUCAUGGCGACAGCGAUGCAAUUGUACAAACGAGUGAACCGAUAGCAGGUUUCCUAGACGACUAUGCGUUCACCGUGAAAGGAUUGAUAGACCUGUAUGAAGCCAGCCUGGACGAGAAAUGGCUAGAGUUUGCCGAGAGGCUGCAAGACAUUCAAGAUGAACUCUUCUGGGAUGAAACGAACGGCGGAUAUUUUUCAACAACAUCGUCGGAUCCUGCUGUAAUUCUACGGCUGAAGGAGGAUCAUGACGGAGCAGAGCCAUCCGGUAACUCGAUUGCCGCCGGGAAUUUACUGAGACUAGCCAACUAUUUGGAUCGCAGAGAGCUCAAGUAUAAAGCUGUACGUUUGUUCGGAGCGCUUAGGCGCAUACUGAUGCAGAGACCUAUCGCUGUUCCUCAGUUAGUAUCGGCGCUUGUUCGGUAUCACGAUGAUGCAACACAGAUCUUCAUAGCUGGAAAACGGGGCGCAAAGGACACUGAGGAUUUGUUGCGAGUGGUCUACGACCGUUUGAUACCGGGAAGAGUCCUCAUCUUGGCCGACCCAGAUAAAACCGAUGGUUUAUUGUCCCGUAAAAACGAGCACAUGAGCAAAAUGAAAACUUCGAACGACCAAGCCACGGCUUACGUUUGUCGGCGUCGGGCUUGCACCCUACCCGUAACCAGACCCGAUCAGUUAGCAGCCUUGUUAGAUGAGCAACGAUAAGGGGAUAUUUACCAAAUAGUACUUUAAGUUCGCGAAACUGUUCGAUAGUUGCUGUGAUGAUAGCAGAUACCUUCUGCUGGCGCGUAUAAAAACAACAUUAUCUACCGUUUUGUAGUGGUAGUGCCAAAAUGUUACCACAAAGUAAUAAGUUACCUUGAACGUUGUAUAAAUUGUAUUGUUAUCAGGGAAUCGGUGGAAAUAAUGUUGCAUACAAUUGUAUAUAUAGUAUUACCAAUAAAGCAGAAAUGUGAAACUA